AGUUAUCGGAGCGUUGCCAUAGAAACAAAAAAACAUCAACUCGGUCUAAGUCUCUAACUACAGCCUGCUAAGGAUUUAUUUUGGACUUACAAUUAUACAAUGUUGCUUCCUGAGGUUGGUGAAACAAAUUCCGAUGAAACAUCAACAGUCAUUCAAGUAGAGCAUGAAGAUGACAAAACAUCUGCUGAAGUUGCCACAAUGCAGGAUGAGCAUGGAGAAAAGAAAGAACAAGCAAAGCUGUCAGGGCCACGGAUGACCAAGACAUUUUUAAAAGACCACUGUAAGCAAUACAAACUCUACUCGACACCAUGCCUGAAUGACACCUUGUAUCUGCAUUUUAAAGGAUUUUCCAACAUUGAAAAUUUGGAUGAGUACACAGGACUUAAGUGUCUUUGGCUGGAAAGCAAUGGGCUGCAACAGAUUGGUAACUUGAAUGCACAAGUUGACCUCCGCUGUCUGUUUCUUCAGCAGAACCUCAUUCGCAAGCUGGAAAAUCUCGAACCCUUAAAAAGUUUGUCUACUCUAAAUGUCUCUAAUAACUACAUACAGACUAUUGAGAACAUUUCCUGCCUUCCUCAACUUGGUACUCUGCAGAUUGCCCAUAACAAACUGGAGGGAAUUGGGGACAUAGAGCAUCUGAGUCAGUGUCCAUCUAUCAGUGUGCUGGAUCUCUCACACAACCUUUUGACAGAUCCUGGUAUUCUUGCUGUGCUUGAAGCCAUGCCGGAACUACGAGUACUUAACUUGAUGGGAAAUGAAGUUGUGAAAAAGAUCCCCAACUACAGAAAGACUUUGAUCGUCCGUCUCAAGCAGCUUACCUUCCUUGAUGACAGGCCUGUUUUCCCCAAAGACAAAGCGUGUGCAGAGGCUUGGGCACUUGGUGGAAUUGAGCAGGAACGAAAGGAGAGAGAACAAUGGACCACACGAGAAAGGAGACAAAUUCAGAAGGGCUUGGAUGCCUUGGCAAUGAUUCGGAAGAAAGCUCAGGCGAAACAACACAUGGAAGUGAACGGCGAGGGAGGUGAAGCUGUUGAUGUUUCUUGUGAGGAGCCACCUGAAGAGCAAAUUCAAGUAUUUGUUCAGGAGUCCUUGGAUGCCCAUGAGGAGUUUAUCCAAAACAAAACUAAACAGCUGCCUGACAAAGAGCAUCCAAACAAAUAUUCUGACGGCAAUAAAUCUGACGAGGAAUCACACAAAGAAACACAAAAGGAAAAUAUUGGGGAAGUGAUUCUAAGCGAUGCACAUCAACUACUUCCUUCUCCUGAAUCAUUACAUGGUUCUGGUCCACUUGUGACUGAACUGGUGGAUGCCGCACAAUUAGAAACCAUUCCACUAACUCCUCCCUUACAUGUUGAUGAUCUGCCUGACCUGGAGGAUCUGGAGCCAGAAAACGUCUCUGAAAUGUUUUCCGAUAUAAUGGUGAGACCAAGGAUAGAAGUAAUUUCAGGGGAUGGCAAUGAUGAUGAUUCAGUCAGGAAAUGUACUUUUAGUGUAGAUAAUCCGGUGAGUUCAGGUUUGUCCAAGUCAACCAAAGCUCCCGAUUCAUCAUUGAUAUAUCCAGAAGAUGGGGAUGCUCCUAAACCAGUUGCAAACCUUCAAACAAGUCAAAAGUCCCGUAAACCACAAUGCCUGAUUGAGGAGCUGUAAAGUUGAGAUGGUCUCUGAUUGAUGAUCUGACUCGUGUCAGAUUGAUAACCUGUCAUGCAGCAGAUGUGUGGACACAUGGACAAAAUUGUUGUAAAAAUUGAUUUUCUUUUUCAUGUUGUUUCUAGGUAAUCAUCUGUCAUUGAAUUCUUCUGAAUUGUUUUUAUUCUACCAUUAGCUUUGCUACACUGUCAUUUUGUGCUCUGGACUAAUUUUUGCAACGUUAUUUUU